GGGCCUGGCGGUGCGAUGGCGGCCGUGCGGGGCCUGCGGAUCUCGGUGAAGGCGGAGGCGGCGGCGGAGGAGGAGGAGCCGCCCCGCGGCCCCGAGCCCGAGCCCAUGGAGGUGGAGGAGGGCGAGCUGGAGACCGUCCCCGUGCGGCGCUCGCUGCGGGAGCUGCUCCCGGAUACUAGUAGAAGGUAUGAAAACAAAGCUGGAAGUUUCAUCACAGGAAUAGAUGUCACCUCCAAGGAAGCAAUUGAGAAAAAGGAGCAAAGAGCGAAGCGCUUUCAUUUUCGAGCUGAAGUGAACCUUGCCCAAAGGAAUGUGGCAUUGGAACGAGAUAUGAUGAAGAAAGCAAUCCCUAAAGUGAGGCUGGAUACAGUCCACGUUUGCGGGGUAGAUGAGAUGAGUACCCAGGACAUCUUUGCCUAUUUUAAAGAGUAUCCUCCUGCUCAUAUUGAGUGGUUAGAUGACACAUCGUGUAAUGUAGUCUGGCUUGAUGAAGUGACAGCAACACGAGCUCUUAUAAAUAUGAGCUCUAUGCCUGAUCAGGAUAAACUCAAAAACAGAGAAAACAACGAGGAGAAAGCAACUGAAAAAAACAAGAAAGGUAGAUGCACAGAAGACAAACAGGAGGAAAGCUCGGACGAUGAGACCGAGGAAGGAGAGGUUGAGGAUGACAAUCCAAGUGAUGUUGAGUUGGAUGCGCUCUCCCAGGUAGAAGAAGAUUCUCUCCUGCGUAACGAUCUACGCCCAGCCAACAGGCUGGCUAAAGGAAACAAACUGUUCAUGAGAUUUGCUACUAAAGAUGAUAAAAAAGAGCUGGGAGCUGCAAGAAGAAGUCAGUACUACAUGAAAUAUGGCAACCCUAAUUAUGGUGGCAUGAAAGGAAUUCUUAGCAACUCUUGGAAACGAAGAUAUCAUUCACGUCGAAUCCAUCGUGAUGUGAUAAAGAAAAGGACACUCAUUGGGGAUGAUGUUGGGUUGACACCUCCUUAUAAACACCGGCAUUCAGGCCUAGUGAAUGUUCCUGAGGAGCCUAUUGAGGAAGAAGAGGAGGAGGAGGAGGAGGAAGAUGAGGAUAUGGAUGAGGAUGACAGGGUUGUGGUAGAGUACCGGGAUGAACUACAAGCUUUCAAACAGUCUCGAGAUCGCAGUGCAGCAAGACGAUCGAGUGCCAGUGCAUCUGAUUCUGAUGAAAUGGACUAUGAUCUUGAACUGAAAAUGAUAUCCACUCCAUCUCCCAAAAAGAGCAUGAAAAUGACAAUGUAUGCUGAUGAGGUGGAAUCUCAAUUGAAAACUAUUAGGAACUCUAUGAGAGCAGAUAGUGUAGCAUCCAGUAAUGUCAAAAACCGGAUUGGCAGCAAAGGAUCGUCAGAAAAAGUUGCAGAUGUAAGACUACUGUUAGAGGAAAAACGUCAGAAUAAUACAGGGCAGCGUCAGCCAGUCAGCACUACAAAAUCGGAUGUACGGCAGAGACUAGGAAAGAGACCUCACUCUCCGGAAGUCAAGCCCCCAAGUAGCACCUCCACCCCUCGUCGAGAAUCGGUAUCCGAUGUACAUAGCCGGUUAGGGAUACCCAAACAAGAUGUGAAAGGCCUUUACUCUGACACCAGAGAGAAGAAAGCAGGUAAUUUAUGGACCCGCUUAGGAUCAGCACCUAAGACACAAGAAAAGACUCCAGAUAAAUCAGAAAACUCAGUAACAUCUCCAGAGGAGGACGAUUCAGAGCUCCAGCGGGCAUGGGGUGCUCUUAUAAAAGAAAAAGAACAGUCUCGCCAGAAGAAAAGCCGAUUAGAUAACUUGCCAUCUCUACAAAUUGAAAUUAGCCGGGAGAGUAGUUCUGGGUCAGACACUGAAUCAUGAUGCUCUUUAGACCCUGAUCGUCAGGAUUUGAACUCUGCAGCACGGCAAGAUUUCCAUUGCCCAAAGGCUGAACAUUAUGGAAGCGUGGCAGGACUCUGAUUGAGGUUCCAGGAGCCUCUCCAUUCUGUUUACACAGAAGUAAAGACCUGUAUACCACUUGACAUUUAAAGCAAUCACAUUUGUCUUCAGUAUGUGUGGCCCUCUGUUGUGUAGGGCAUUGUCAUAUACAUUUAUUACAGCAAACCUGUAGUAGUUAUUGCAAAACAUUUUUUCCCCAAGCUUCAAACUUUAAAGAAGGAGCAGAACUCCUGGAUUUUGUAGAACUUUUUGUUCUUAAUCUUUUUAACGUGGAGUCUUUUAAGAAAAUGUUUUACACAGUUCAUCCAAAGAACAGGGAACUUCAGAAUAAUUGCUAUUGCCUUGCCCUUAUAGCUGUUACCAGCACCUUUAGUCUCCUCAUAGGGUAAUAACAGUGAUGCUUCCUGGGUGCGCAGCCAGCAAGGGUAAAGCUUAUAAAGGGAUUGCUGUCUCCCACUCCUCCAAAAUACUGAAUGUAAAUCUAAACUAGACCUCCUAGUAGGUAAUACUUCAAAAUAACAUCAGAGCAGCACCACUAUAUUAGUCUCAAAAAGGAUUCUGCUUCAUUCAUUUUGGUGAUAACUUUUUGCUUUAAGUGAAGAUUGACAAGUUCAAGACUGCGGAGUUGGAUUUGUUGACAAAAUUGUGCAAAUUCCUGAGAUGAAUUUUUUUGGAGUUUAAAUGUUGAAACAAUUUUACAAAAAUAUUUCAAUAUAGCUGUAUUAUGUUUGAAGAAAUCUUAACAAUUUAAAAGCUUAAAAUAAUGUUUAUAUUUGUGAGAAUUCUGUUGGCUACAGUGAAAGCUUGUAGUGGUGUUUUCAUAAGUGCUGUUGAACUACACACACAUAUAUAUAUAUAUAUAAAUAUGAUUGAAAGAGAAAAGGAAAAUAUAGGAUCAGUGUUUCAUGUCAAUAUUUUUGAAUGUCCUAACUGUAUAGUACAUGUGGAUGUGCACAUGGUUGACUAGUUACAUUCACUUCACUUUUCUUACCCUUGUCCUCUUCCUUAGUAGGUAAAAAGGUUAAUGAAUGUGCAACCGUCUUCUGGUUUGUUUUUUAUUAUUUGUGGCAUUUAUUUUGAUUGCCCACAACUCGGGGAAAAGGAAUAAUGUGUAUGACAUAGCAAAAUAUUACCUGCCAAGAUUUGACAGCCUGCAAAUCUGUUCGCGUUGUAUCUAAUUCCUAGGUUCUGUUAGCGCAAAAUGUCAGUGUGUCCCUUCCCCAUCUUCCUUUUAAACAUAUAUUUUUCUUCUGUUUUCUGAUUUUUUCAUACUAUAUUGAAAUAGGGUUGGGGCUUUGCAAAAGCAAGGAAUCUGCCGUUAACCUCCGUUAUGUCAGUGUGUGUAUAAGAAUAUUAUGUUCUAAUAGCAGUAUAUGAAACUGAAGAUAAGCUACAGUGACUAAAUACAGCAGGGUGAGCUGGGGACUGACUGGGCUUCUAGCCUUAACUAUUUCUUUGCUUUUGUGACGUUCGCCCUUUUUUAUAUAUUUAAUUGAAUUGAAUAUUGUCUGGUAAACAAGGCUGCCUAAAAAUACUGUUCAUGACAAGAGUAAAUGACUGCAGUAUCACUGUCAUGGGUUAUUUUGAUGUGUAUUUUCAUUAAUAUAUUUCCCUUUAUAAAGCUUUAAAAUAGAACCAUAUCUAACCAUACAUUUGACACCUUAUCUAUAUUAACAUCCUGAUAAAAGUUCCCUUAACUGCUGUGUUUGUGCCAGUAAAUUACUUCGGUUGUAUUGCUGGUUUGACUCAAAUAUCACAACUUACUUUUUAUGGAAGUAGAGAUUGUGUAGGCCCCUGAUCAUGUAAGCUGCACUGCUCUGGAACCCUUGCAGGUUUCUGCUUAGGCAGAGCAACUGGGCCUUUAAUUUGCUUUUAGUGUUGCCGAUGGGCAUGCUGCUGUGUCUUCCUUCUCAGCCAAGAAGUGGCUAUGCCUUUCACACAUUUCACAGUCGGAGGGUCCGAUAUCUUUAAAAUCUUUAGGCCUGAGUCCUCAUAGCCCUAAUUGUGAGUGUAAUGUAAGUGUAUUGUUAAAGGGACCAUACAAAGGAUUCGUCUAAAAUUGACAUUGUGCCCAUUUUUGCUUCUUUAUGAAGUAUAAAAAGGGUUUGAAAGGUAUCUGACAGUAUCACGUGUCAGUCUGGUUUUCUCUGGUUUGGCUACAGGACCCUAUCCGUUGUCUCAGAUGGGGUGUGUAUUGUUUUCUCUCACCUUAAUUAAAAGUGGGUAGUGAGUCUUUUUAACAAAGAUAUCCUUUCCCAAAAAUGUUAAUUACUCAAAUUAAGCAGAUGUUAACAACAGACAUAGGAAAAAGUAUUAAGCAGAUGUACUAAAAAUCCUUCUUCCCUCCUUUCCCCCACCCCCCCAUUUUGCUUGGUUUUUUGCACGCUCUUCAUUCUUGUUUGGUUGGCAUUUCACUAGUUCUCAAGUCAUUAUUGUGUCUUCUGUGCAAGACAAAUUAAAUUAGUAACAUAAAAGGCAAGCUGGAAAAAAAAAAAAGCCUGUAGGUCUCUCUGCAACAUAAUGAAGCAAAAAGCACAUAACCAAAAAAGGAAAGAAAAAAUGGACACCUUUAAGUGAUUAAUGUUGAUAAAUGUUCAAAUAGUGAAUGUGAGAAAUUUGAGCUGUCUGUUCCGUUAGAAUAAACGAAUUCUGUUCAAACUCUCUCAGAUUUGGGAAUGAAUAUUCUGGUUUUGCCGUGGAACCUAUGCCAAGGAAAGGAAAUGAGCAUUCCUCAAUUUUAAGUGAACUGUUAUAGAAAUACCUUAAGACUUUAUUUAGAUCAUUUCUUAUUAAAGAAAAAAUCCUCUUUUAGUGAGUGAUUCAGGUGACUUGCAUUCUGUUUUUCAAAAUAAAUUGACAUGGCAUUUUAGGCCGCAAUUCUCCAUGGGCAGAACCAGGCUUUAGGAUUUUAAAACCAAGAUUUUAUUUCAGGUAAGUGCAUCCAAUACCAGACAAGGGAAAGAAGAGAGCAAAGGUCCUUUUUUAUUUUAUUUUUUCAAUUCAAGGCAAAGAAUAUAAUGUGAAAAUAUUUAUACCUUUAUUUAAGCAGAUAUUGCUGAUGUCUGUUGGCUUGAUCUUCCAAAUAAAAACUGCUAGAAAUUA